AUGGGAAAAACUGAUGAAUUGAACGGUUGUUUUCAUAAUCGUCUCGAGCCUGGAAUGACAAAAGAAACGAUCAAGGAAAGUUGCAAACAAAAUAAAUUGUACUUAAUACCUAGUCACAAUGAUGUACUGUAUCUUCAUUUUAGAGGAUUUUCAAAGAUUGAAAACUUGGAAGAAUAUACUGGGCUAAAAUGUCUGUGGUUAGAAAACAAUUGCUUAACAAACAUUUCUGGACUCGACAAUCAAACAAAGCUCGUCGGUUUGUACAUGCACAACAACGCAAUCUCCAAAAUCGAAAAUCUUGAUUUCUUGAUCAAACUAAACACGAUAAAUUUGAGCCAUAAUUUCGUUAAAAUUAUUGAAAACUUAGAUCACUUGCAGGACCUAAAUUCGUUGAUUAUAUCUCACAACAAGCUUUCUACAGCGAGCGACAUUGCUCAUUUGGCCAACUGUAAAACCUUGUCUAUACUCGAUCUUUCAUUUAACUACUUAGAUGAUCCAGAAAUCAUUGAUGUAAGUCGCUAUUUAGCAAACUACUAA